AUGGCAGAGAAUGUAGUGCAACAGGCUAGAGAGCCAGCUUCCGACUGGGGACGAAUCCCCUUUCCAGUUCUUGAUGCUCUGAAAAGAAUGCAGGAAAAGAACACAGAUGGGCCAACCACAAUAGUGAAGUUGGCUCGGCUGGUGAAUACACACUGGAGCCAGUGGGCAAAUGGAGCCAUUGUGUUCAUAAGUCCACAGAAACCCUGCGAGGAGGACCCACAAUGGCAGCAAAUGGCCAAUGUCAUUUGCACAAAGUUCACAGCGAUUCAGGGGUUGAAUUUACAAAAGUGUGGAGGGAAUGUUGCAAACUGCUGGGAAGCCCUGAAGGGCCUUCAUCACUUGGCGCAUCUGGAUUUGGGUGACUCUGUACUUGUGGACCAGGACUUGGCAUGCAUUGCAGAGUUCACAGCACUCAGGUACUUGGACAUUUCUUGUCGUUGGCAGAUUGACACCAUCAAUGAGGCUGUCGAGCCUCUGAAGGGAUUGACAGCUCUUGAGCAUUUAAAUCUGACAGGUCGUGAAACAGUCUCAGAUGCAAGCCUGGCAAUUGUUGGCAGGAUGACAGGCCUCCACUACUUGAGCCUUUGCAAUUGUCUCAGAGUAACCGACACGGGCAUGGAGCAUUUGGGGAAGUUGACAUCUCUCACACAUCUGGACAUAUCUGCAGAGGACACACUUUUCGAUUUUUUUGUCAGUUCAAUCACUGACAAGGGUUUGGAGCAUCUGGACAGGCUGACCUCUCUUCAAUUCCUUAAUUUGCGAGGCUGCCAUCUAGUAUCCAGCAAGGGGCUGGAACACGUGGCAAGAUUAGUGGCCCUCACCGAUUUGAGCAUCAGGAACUGCAACAGAAUUACGGAUGUAGGAAUGGCAACCAUAGCGCAAUUGAGCAGUCUCACCUCGUUGAAUUUGGACGGAUGCACGGAUAUCACUGAUGAAGGAUUGCAACAUAUCAGGGAGAUGGACAGUCUCGUUCACCUGGAUUUGUACGGGUGUGGGAAAGUGUCAGAUGCGGGCUUGGAGUGUGUUGGGAGGCUGUCAAUGCUGGAGUCUUUGUGUUUGUGCGAAUGCGACAGGAUCACGGAUGAUGGCUUGAUCCAUGUUGGAAACUUAGUGUGCCUAAGCAGCCUAAACCUGAGCGGGCUGCGCCAAAUCACGGAUAAUGGCCUGUCCCAUCUGAGCAGCUUGACCAAACUGCAGGAGGUGUUCUUGACAGAGUGUGAUGGCAUCCCUUUUGAAAUGAGGGGGAGUUUUCUGAAACUCAGAUAUGGAGGGCCCACCACACCAUCAGCUGGGUAA